UACCUCAGUAUACCUUGGUAUACCUAAUGAUUACGUCAGCUAAGUACCUGUGGGAUACGGUAUUGGACACGUGAUCGACCUUGGUCGUAUUGAUCCUUGUUAAACAAACAGGCGCCAGACUGAAGGAAGAAGUGAUAACAGGUUUUACACUCGGUUUAAUUUCUUGAAUCUCAAAAUUUGAGAUUUUUUGGCUCGAUUUUUAGAAAAUCGUGUUGGCAACCUCAAUCAAUCAUGGCAAAAAGAACGCAACCAGCUUGGCACCUGCCGGACAAGAAGGACGAGCCAGUGCUGCGAUUGUACAACAGCUUGACCAGGAAGAAAGAAGUGUUUGUCCCAAAAUUUGGAAAUUGGGUUCACUGGUAUAGUUGUGGACCUACUGUUUAUGAUGCUUCACACAUGGGCCAUGCAAGAUCGUACAUAUCUUUUGAUAUUCUACGUCGCGUACUGACACACUAUUUUGGAUAUGACGUCAUGUAUGUGAUGAAUAUUACUGAUAUAGAUGAUAAGAUUAUAAAAAGAGCAAGACAGAAUUACCUUUAUGAAAAAUAUGUGGAAGAAAAUCACAGUCUAAAUGAUAUAUUAGAUGACGUCAGAGAAGUAAUGUCUAAUGUGGAAAAUGUUGUGAGAACUACAAGUAGUGCUGAUAAGAAGUGCAUGUUAGAAAAGAUGUUGCAUAAAAUAACAGGAGCUAUUGAAGAUCUGCAGAAAGCAGUUGAGCAGAAGGAUGAGGAGAAAAUUACAGAGUUUCAAAAAGUAUUAUUGAGGGAGGCUAGAGACCCUUUAGCCAAUUGGUUAGAUGAGAAGAAAGGUAGCACAAUCACAGAACAUUCCAUAUUUAGUAAAUUAUCGCAACAUUGGGAGGCAGAAUUUCAUAAAGAUAUGGAUGCUUUAAAUGUAUUAAAACCAACCGUGCUCACAAGAGUUAGCGAAUAUAUACCCGAAAUAAUAAAGUAUAUAGAUAAAAUAAUAGAUAAUGGAUUUGCUUAUGAAAGUAAUGGAUCAGUGUAUUUUGAUGUGAGCAAGUUUGACAAAGAAGAGAAACAUCAUUAUGCUAAGCUCGUACCAGAAGCGUAUGGCGAUACGUCGAGUUUAGAGGAGGGAGAAGGCGAUUUGAGUACUACGGUGGAUAAGCUUUCUGAAAAGAAAUCCGUGACGGACUUUGCACUUUGGAAAAGUUCAAAGUCAGGUGAACCUUGGUGGGACAGUCCUUGGGGCAGAGGACGUCCAGGAUGGCACAUCGAAUGUUCGGUCAUGGCAUCUACAAUUUGUGGAGAUAGUUUGGACAUCCAUACAGGCGGAGUGGAUCUCAAAUUUCCUCAUCAUGACAAUGAACUUGCACAAGCGGAAGCAUACUAUGGCAAUUCGGAUUGGGUCAAGUACUUCCUGCAUUCUGGUCAUCUGACUAUAGCCGGCUGCAAAAUGUCGAAAUCGUUGAAAAACUUCGUUACGAUACAAGAAGCUUUAAAGAAAUAUUCGAGCAGACAACUCAGACUUGCCUUCCUUUUGCAUUCGUGGAAAGACACUUUAGAUUACAGUGAUAAUACUAUGAAUAUGGCUGUGCAGUAUGAAAAGUUUCUUAACGAAUUCUUCCUAAAUGUAAAAUGUAGGAUUAGAAAUUUGGAUACACGUACUACUCUUCAUAGUUUUAUAAAAUGGCGUCAAUCUGAAAUAGAACUCAGUAACGAAUUUCAUCUUGCGAAAGAUGCUGUACAUAAAGCAUUGUGCGAUAAUAUCGAUACGAGGACUGCUCUCGAUUUAAUACGAGAUCUUGUGGUAGCUGGCAAUGUGUACAUGACACUAAAUCCAAAAACUUUAGAUGUGCUUCUUCUUAAGGAUAUUACCUUGUAUAUUACGAAGAUGUUUAUCAUUUUCGGGGCCAUUCCUUCCUCGCAUUCACCUGAUACAAUCGGAUUUCCGCUUGACGAUGAGACAGUCAGUAACAAUACAAAUUUUGAAGAGACUGUUAUGCCAUACCUCGAAAUUUUGGCGAAUUUCCGAGAGAAGGUUCGAAAUUGCGCGAUAAACCUGAAAGCGAAUGAUAUUUUGCAAGAGUGCGAUCGAUUACGCGACGAUAUUUUGCCGAAUGUUGGCGUGCGAUUGGAAGACAGCAAGAAGAUUGGAAAAUAUGAAGAACCUUGUAAAGUCAAAUUAGUCAACAGGAAAGAGUUGUUGAAGGAAAAAGAAAUAAAGAAGAAAUUAGAACAAGAGAAAAUUCUAGAGAAAGAAAAGAGAAAAGCGGCGAAAGAGGCGCAGCAAAAAAUAUCGCCAAAUGACAUGUUCAGAUUAGAGAAAGACAAAUAUUCUCAAUUUGACGAUAAGGGAUUACCAACGCACGAUGCGGAAGGUAAAGAGAUUAGUAAAGGCCUACUGAAGAAGUUGCAAAAGUUGCAGCAGGCGCAGGAAAGGAGAUACAUUGAGUACUUGGCUUCUCUGCAAAAAGAUUGUUUAUCUUAAGAUUUUAUUAAGAGUAUUAUGAAGUUAUACUGCAGGUUCCCCGUUUUGUACUUCAACAACUAUUGUCAUUUUACUAUCAUAAAGAAUGAUAAUUCUUUUUUUCUGAAGUAUUAAGAAAUAUUUAAAUUGCUAUUUAAAAUUUAUAGAGAGUGGGGUAAAUCGGAUCGGGUUCCAAAUCGGACAUUUUUAAUUUAAAUGAAUACGGUUAACCAGAUUUGCGUGCCAUUUAUAAUGUAAAGUCCUUAUAAGACACUGAACAUAUCACAGUAGUUUGACAGUUCUGUUAUAACAUUCGAAGAAUACACGCGAAUAUUUUCAGUCAUUUUUAGUCAUCAUGUGAAAAUUUAAAAAAAAAAGAAAAUCCUUAUUUAUUAUUUAAAAGGUGUUAAAAAUUUGAAAGAUAAUUGAUUUAAGAUAAUUAAAGAAUGUAAAAUUAAAAAAUAUCAAUUAUUUUGUGAUUUCUUUUGCGGUCUAUUGUAAAAAUUGUUCCAAGGUUUGAAAGGACUUAUGUCCAAAUCGAACUUUUACGUCGGAAUUACAUCCUGAUCGUAGCACUGGUAAUCGACCGACCAAAUCUGGUUCUAGAAAUGUUAAAUUAGUAAAAUAUUAUGAGUUAUCAGACUCGGAAUAAUUAAAUUUUAUUUAAUAAUUGAUUUUUAUUCAAUACUAAAAAAAUACAUUGUAAUCUUUUGCAAUUCUAUUUAAGUUGGUGUUUAUUUAUUUAUUUAUUUAAAUAAAUGGGAGUGUCUGAUUUGGGGAACCAAUAGUUUCAAAUUGAACCGGAAAAAGCGUUUUUACAUUUUCCGUUAUGGUUUAAUACAGAUAAGAGAUACGUCAAAAUGGACUAAAGCAAAAAUGUAGGAAAUUAAAUUAUCUUUCCAAUGGCACCUUCGAUUUUACGAUCGGACUUUAUUUGUGCCUUAUAGAGAGCAAACACUGCAGCUAAGACCAAUUUACCCCACUCUCCCCUAUGAUAUAUCAAUAUAAUUUCAAAUUAGUAAAUAUGUGUCUGAUAUCUAAAUUAGUUCAUACGAAGAUCUUUCUAAAAAGCUUUGUUCUAAAAGCUUUAGUUAAGAAAUUAAACUUAAAUACAAUUUUUUAUCAGUAUCUUUUCCCUACGAGUUUUUGUAUAUUUUCAGCUGUUAAAUUUUCUUGAAUUUUGUAAUCUAUUUAUUUCACUUACCUUCUUUUAUAAUUUAUUUAUUACAUUUAUUGUUUCGAAUUAAUGUAAUAGGAAUUCCAACAUUGUACUUUAUAAACAGUCAUAUAACCAAUAUUAUAAGAUUUUAUAUUUGCAAGAAAUAUAUAUGUGAAUUUUAUAUAUAUUAAGUUUCAAUAAAUACGUGAUUUUAUAUUUCAUCAUGAGAUUGCUACGUAUGUAAAAUUUAUGUAUAUUAAUUACUUGAACUGUCAUAUAUCUUGUGGGUUAGCGAUUGUAAAAUUUCCGUUACAAUUUGUGGUGAUGAUUUUAUUUAUUUGAUUAAGUAAUCCUUAUUUCUAUUAAUGUGGAUUAACUUUAAUUUCAGUUUAGUUCACUCUUUAUUUAUUUAUUUUUUUUAAAUUAGAAAAAGAUAAGUAAAUUAAGCCGAGAUUAAAAUUAUUUUCUAUUGGUAGAAAUGUACGUAAGCAUGAUUUUACUAAGAUCUGUUUGCACCAGUGUAGAUUAAUUAUAUCUUGGUUUACCUUACUUUUUAUCGUUUUUUAAUUUUUAGAAAAAUAGUAUCGAGAAUCGAAGUUAAACCGAGAUUAAAAUUAAUCUGUAUUGACGCCAAUUAAUGCCUAUUUCCACCAACGCAGAUUACCUUUGAUCUCAGUUUAACUUACUCUUUAUCUUUCUUUAGUUCUAAGAAUUAGAAAAAGAUAGGGAGUAAGUUAAACUGAGAUCAAAGUUAACCUACAUUGGUGAAAAUGGGCAUAACUCAAGUAUUUUAGACAUUAAAGAAACAAUAGAAAUUAUAUUAAUGUAAAAGGACAAAAUAUUUAAGUAAUAUAUUAGAUUCAUUAUUAAACUCAAUGCCGAAAUCAGCUUGGCAGUCAGUGUUAAAAAAGAACGCCUCCAAUAUCACGGAAUCACGGUACAUUCAUACUUGAUGUACGUACAUCGGCAUGUAUCGUGCCGAUGCGAUUCGAAACUGGUGGUCGAACAAAAUAAAUGUUACGCGUUUCCACUCGACCGGAUGAAUUUGACGUGCGAUGCUGUCCAUUAUUAAAGCAUAAUACCCCUUUCAUAACGAGUGGGCGUCAAGCCGUGGACAGUGACAGCUUCGUAAAUGCGAAAGGCGAUAUAAUGUGGCUCGUGUGGCUCGGCGCGACGCGAAGCGAAGCGAAACGGAGCGAACCGAAUCCGAUAUUCAUCCCGUAUUCAAAAGCAGUGAAAACCCACAGAGCGGCAAGCAAACAGGUCGACCCGUCAGUCGCUUUUCCAACUCCCCGUAAAAUACGCAUCAUAUCCGAUAAUAACGAUACGACGGUGGUGCCCGGUCCCGAAAACUCGGAAUAAUCGGGAAAAGCGACCAGCCGCGCCCACACUCUCUCGAUUUUAUGUUUCGAAAUUAUGUUUCCGGACUGGAACGAAGCGGUAUUUAAACCACCUCCCGCAGAAAGCAUUUUCGUUCUUAAUCGAGAAAGUUUAAUGCGAUACGUCUCACGUCACGUUCUCGCACAUAUUUGUGUCGUCGCGGUGUUGUACUUGCGUUUACGUAUCUAUUAUUAAUGAAGCAUUGUGCGUUCGAGUACACUUUUCCUUGGAAUCGCGCAAAGUUUUUUUUUUUUAUCGAAACUUUUUCAAGUUUUCUUUCGCAUGCGAUUUUCUUCUUUUUGAUCUUCUAUCGUCGUUACACUUGAUCAAAUGAUUAUAACAUUACGUUAUUAUUACGAGAACUUUAUAAAAAAUAAAUGAAUAAGGAUAAAGGCCUAUUGGCAACAAGCAAACUGAGAUGUCAAUUAAUAACAAAUGUAUAUUUAAUGUGCUGUAAUAAAAGAAUGUGUUUAUAAAAAAA